GCCAGCCUUUGAACCGUGAUGUUCAUGCCGCAUCGUAAUUGCCAGUCAGUCACCGGUUGAACACCGGAACGGAAAUACGUAUAUCCCCUCGAUCGAAUCCUUAUGGUACGUCUCUACAUAUUUAGUCUACCCUUCCACCUAGUGCGCUGUGUUCGUUGAUUUUAGAUUCGCUCCUCCACCUUUAGUUCAUACUUUUGUCGAUCUCGCCGUAUUCUCGUAAUUUGCCAUCGUCUGCGAGCGUACGUGCUCUCGUUCGUACCGAUCGUCACGCUUUCCACUUGGCCCGGCAACAGUGACAAAUACGUAUCGACACCAAACGGCGUUUAACGUUCAACAAAAUUCUUCAAGUCAGUGUUAGGCUAUUUCUUGAGCUAAACCAAAUAUCCGACAAGAUAGGUUGGUCAGACUUCCGGCGAGGCAGCAGUCUGCCAUCGGUGCCAUCAACUGCUGGCACAAUGUUUUCCAAACUCAAGUCGGGCACGUCGUCUGUUAGCCAGGGCGCUCAAGUGUUGUCCACCAACAAUAUCCUCAAUCUGUUCGAGGUUGGUAAAUUUGUAUGCUCGGCUGGUCCAGAGCUCAUAUGGAAGGUGUACGAAGGGUUCCGAAAACCGGACGGAAAAGAAGUAUCGAUAUUUGUUUUCGAAAAAAAGUUGGCUGAUAAGCUGCACAAACCCAGACGGAAGGAGACUGUGACGGAGAUAUUGAAGAAGAGCGUGCACUACUUGGAGAUGCUCAGACAGCCAAAACUCAUCCUCAAGGUGGUGCAUUCCGUGGAGGACUGCAACGACACUCUCGCAUUUGCCGCCGAGCCUGUGAUAGCCAGUCUUGCCAACAUACUCGCGUACCAGGCGUCCAUUGGUGGUCGAGCCGUCAAUGGGCCACCGUCCACUGGAGCGUCUAUCAUCACCACUACUGCCAUGCCACGGCCUGCACAUGCGAGAGAGUACAACUUUUUGGACUUUGAAAUUAAGUACGGAAUCAGACAGAUUGCUGAAGCCCUUGAUUUCUUAUCACCUCAAGUCCACCACCAUAAUGUUUGUCCGAGCAGUAUAUUGGUAACAAAAACUGGAACCUGGAAACUUAGUGGUCUCGAAUUCAUUGUUCAGACUGAGGCUAGAGAGCGGAUUACUUGUACUCCGUGGACGUCUAGGCUACCAAAAAUGGCGCAACCCGAUUUGGAUUAUAUAGCUCCAGAAGUCCAAUUGUCUUCAUAUUGUAGUUCUCACAGCGAUAUGUUCUCGUUGGGAAUGGUUAUAUUUGCGAUAUUCAAUAACGGUCGACCWCUGAUACAAGCGAAUCACAGCAGCUCAACGUACAUGAAACAAUUAGACGUGUUAGAAAAUCAAAUCCAUAAUGUAUUGCCUAAACUCCCAGCACAAUUACAAGAAAUGGCAACCAAAAUGCUGAGCAAGGACGUGGAUGCAAGACCGUUUGUCAAAAAUUUAUUGCAUACUCCUUAUUUCUGCGAUCGUUUUGUGGAAACUAUUCAAACACUGGAUAUUAUAAAUAUGAAAGAUUUAGUACAGAAAUGUCAGUUCUACAAGAUAACGCUGAAAGAGUCAUUACCAUUCAUUCCAAAGAAAAUUUGGUAUCAAAGAGUUUGGCCGUUCUUACAACAUGAAAUGUUAAAACCAGACGUAUCGGCAGCUGUCCUACAUCCAGUAAUAUUCUUAAUACAAGAGUCCAGUCUUGAGGACUACGAAACACUCAUGUUACCUGCUAUGAGCAAAAUAUUCAAUGGUCCAAAACAUGUCCCUGUGCAAGUGAUAUUAUUGGAAAACUUGCAUGUGAUAUUAGAAAAGACACCAAGAGACGACAUCAGAAAAGAAGUACUUCCAUUAUUGUACACAGCAUUUGACUUCUCAGAUAUAGAAGUACAGAGUGCUGCUGUAUUGGCUGUAACCAACGUUUCUCAAUACAUGGAUGAUACAGCUAUAAGAAGAAUGGUAUUGCCUAAACUCAAAAUGGUGUACGAAACCAAUCCUAACGAUUUGAAAAUAGUCUUAAACAUAUUGGCGUGUCUAGAAAUUAUAUUAAACAGACUUGAAAAACAACAAAUUAUCGAGGAUGUAUUACCACUGAUUUGGAUAGUAAAUCAGACAGAUCCCGAAGUGAUAGCAAGAAUAGCAGUUAUAUAUAGUAUAAUUCUACGUGACAAGAAAUACGGCCUAUCAGUAAAUAUGAUAGCAACGAAAAUAAUGCCAACACUGAUUCCACAUACAAUGAAUCCUGGUUUGAAUUUAGAACAAUUUCAAACCCUCAUUGAAGUUCUACAAGACAUGUUGGAACAGAUUGACAGAAACCAACGGAAUAAACUAAAAUUGGAUACAAUAUCCAUGCAGAGUCCAGACAGACAUAGACCUUUGAGACAUUUGUACAGUUCUGACAACAUGCAUGCACAAAACUUCAACAUACCAAACUUGAAAAUUGARACGCGUAAAACGUCAAGUGCUGAAGAUAUGGUUAGAAAAAAUUCAGCGGGUAGCUGGUGGUUUGGCGGAUCACCUUCCGGUUCUGACAGCAACUUCUUGCGUGUAGUCAGUUCAUUUCCGAAUCGUCGGCUGUCUGACAACAUGUUGAAUACGCCGAAAAUCCGUGUAGCGCCGUCAUGUGCCUCUUCGCCCGGCAGCACCCCGGUAGGCACCGGUCUGCCAAUCCGGAGACAUUCGAACGUCGAACGCCGUGGGUCCACCAUCAACCUGUCCSCACCAUCGGGCUAUCAGUACUUCAGACCGAUUAACGGACACGAUGGGUCCACAUUGUCGGUGCCAUCAUCGACAUAUGGUGGUAGUAUGCCAAACACGAGCAGCAGCGUUCCAUACUUGCUCAGCUCCAGUAUGAACAGUCUCCGGUCCAGGAGACAAAGUACAUGUUCGAAUAAUUCUAGUACUGGUAUUCUACAGCAACUAGGUUCUGGAGUAGUGAAACAGUUAUCCACUUUGCAAAAUCCGUACCAACUGUUUAGCGGCAACAAGUAAAAAGUCGUACUCAACUGAUCAACAAAGCUGUUAUAAUAUAACUACAUAAUAUUAAUUAUUUCUUAAAUCUAAUAAACGGUCCUAAGUUCCGUUUAAGACUUUGUUUUAUAUAAAUCUAUUCCGCCAAACAUGAAACUGUAUGAGCAAUUAUAUUUUACAUCUAACAACAUCAUGCAAUACAGUUGGAAAUCGUCAAYAAUUAUUAUAACUACUAUAUUAUCAAUGUCAUAAUUUUUAAGUUUCAUUGUAUUAUACAUAAUUUAUUCUUGUUCGUAAAGUGUGAAUUGUUUGUUGUUGUUUUUAUCGGUCUUCUCAACGAACCAUGUUAUAGGUUUAUUAUAUUAUAUUAUUAUUAUAUUAGAUAAUAUUAUACARUGUGUUCAAGUUAAGAAUAGCCCWAAACAUUUUAGCCCGGUGACCUUAAAUUUUAAUGUAGAUUUCUUGAGCUAAAAGGAAGUAUCAAAUUGCAUGAGACAACUGGACAUUUUUAAACUAUUGGUACGUACAUGCGCAGUACAAUUUACUUUUUUAUAAGCCAAAACGCCAUUUUUUCACAUGGUUAUAUAUUAUUUCGAAAAUAGAUGGUUAUAUUUAUAAAAAUACUAUGUG